UCUCUUUUCUUCUGAUCCGUCAGUUGGAUCUUCUCCAAUCUCUAGGCCUUGACCAGAUCUUCCACUCUCGAUCGAUCAAUCUUCUAGCUUUGGAAGCUCUGUUUUAAACACAUUUGAAUCCAUGGCGGCGCUUGCCACUGCUUGGAUUUUGCUAGCUCUCAUCGCGGCAAUGCCAGGAGCUCGCGGCGAUGGCGGAUGGCUAGAUGCUCACGCGACGUACUAUGGAGGAAGCGAUGCCUCGGGAACUAACAAUGGAGCUUGCGGCUAUGGAAACCAGCUGAGCGCCGGCUAUGGCUACAUCACCACUGCCCUCAGCACCCCGCUCUUCGAAAACGGCGACAUUUGCGGCGCUUGCUAUGAGAUUCGCUGCGCGGGCACGGGAUGCCUCCCGAGAAAUCCUUCCACCGUCGUCACCGCUACCAAUCUCUGUCCUCCGGGGAGCAAUGGCGGCUGGUGCGAUCCGCCCAAGCAGCACUUUGAUCUCUCGCAGCCGGCCUUCUCCCAGAUCGCCAGCAUUCCCUAUGGUCACGUCCUCCUCCAGUACCGCAGAGUGCCGUGCCAAAGGCAAGGUGCCAUCCACUACACGAUCAAUGGGCACACCUUCUUCAAUCUGGUGCUGAUCGAGAAUGUAGGCGGCAGCGGCGAUGUCGUGGGCGUGGAAAUCAAAGGCUCAAACACCAAUUGGAUGCCCAUGGCAAGGAAUUGGGGCCAGAACUGGAUGAUCGGGGGCAACCUUGGCGGUCAGAGCCUCUCGUUUAGGGUCACCGGCAGCGAUGGCCGCAAGGUCACCUCGCUCAACGUCGCGCCGGCGAACUGGCAAUUUGGUAGAGCCUACAGUGGUGGCCAGUUCUAAACCUCUAUCUCGAUCGAUCAAUCGAUGGAGCGAGCGAGUGAGAGAGGGAGCUUAUACGGUUUGUGCGAUUUUCCUGUAGAGCCGAGCGUGGAAAGGAAAACACAGGAGGUGGGCUAUGGCGAGAAUCACCCCAUUCUUUUGCUUCCGCGGCUUUCGGAGAAGAUUCCAUGUAUAUGCUGUUUUUAAAUCAAAAUUUAAUUUUUACAAUUAAUAAAAUCUUA